UAUCUCUGUGCUGAGGAUCAAGCCUAGGGCCUGGUGCAUGCCACCAAGCUACCCUCCUAGCCAAGAUUUGUGAACUAUUUCAUACCCACUGUGGAGGCCCUGCUGGUGAAAAGAAAAAAGAAAGUGUUUUCACCUCUAGGGGAUGCUGAGGAUGCAGCCCCAGCCCAACCUGUAAGCUCUUGCAAAGCACACCAAGCCAGAAGGAAGCCUGCUGUCUCUUAGACAGCUCUGGAACCAUGAGCAACAAUGGAACCGACCUGGAAGUCGGAUACAUCUCCUCCUUCGUCGCGAUACUUUUGUUCGGCUCAAAUUUUGCACCACUUAAAAAAUAUGAUACUGGUGAUGGAAUGUUUCUCCAGUGGGUGCUUUGUGCUGCCAUUUGGAUAGUUGCUUUAGUGGUCAACCUGAUCCUCCACUGCCCCAGGUUUUGGCCUUUUGCAAUGCUUGGAGGCUGCAUUUGGGCAACAGGGAAUGUCGCUGUUGUCCCGAUCAUCAAAACCAUUGGUUUGGGCCUUGGAAUCCUCAUCUGGGGGUCCUUUAAUGCCCUAACUGGCUGGGCAAGCUCAAGGUUUGGCUGGUUUGGAAUCCACGCUGAGGAAGUGUCGAAGCCAGUGCUGAACUACAUCGGAGCUGGACUCUCAGUGACAAGUGCCUUCAUAUUUUUGUUCAUCAAAAGUGAAAUACCACGUAACACUUGUGCCACGGACACUACACCCUUAAUGGCGGAGCAUGCGAUCAACGCACCUGGGGAAGCCCGCGCCGGCCCCGCCUGGGUGGAGAGACUGUCGGCAGCGCACCGCCGCCUGCUGGGCUGCAGCCUCGCGGUGGUGUCGGGGACGCUCUACGGCUCUACGUUUGUGCCCGUCAUGUACAUCAAGGACCACAGCAGAAGAAAUGACAGCACAUACGCAGGGGCAAGCCAGUACGAUUUAGACUAUGUCUUUGCACACUUCAGUGGCAUCUUUCUUACAAGCACAGUCUACUUUGUGGUGUACUGCAUAGCCAUGAAAAACAGACCUAAACUCUACCCCGAGGCAGUCUUACCAGGGCUGCUGUCCGGAGUGCUGUGGGCCAUCGCCACCUGCUGCUGGUUCCUGGCCAACCACUCGCUCAGUGCCGUGGUCAGCUUUCCAAUCAUCACUGCUGGUCCAGGAUUAAUAGCUGCAUUGUGGGGUGUCUUCAUUUUUAAAGAAAUACGGGGUCUGCGAAACUACUUCCUGCUGAUCCUUGCAUUUGGCGUCAUCUUGGCCGGAGCGCUGUGCACCGCUUUCUCUGAAGUCUGACCAAAAGAUGGCAGUGG